GCUGCCACUCCAGGCAUCCGCGAUCAUCACGUCCAUUGCCCAGAGAGGGAAGAAGACCAGGCGGGCUAGCGCGCCCCGCGCCUCCUCCGAAGUCCCGCGGGCGGCUACAGCAGGAGCGAGCAAGAUGCACUGGAAGAGCGUCUCCGUCUUCGUCGCCCUGGUGGGGACCGUCGCGGCGCUCCAGGCUGAGGAAGAACCGCUGAGCAAGUCCAAAAUUUGUGCCAAUGUAUUUUGUGGGGCUGGCCGGGAGUGCGCAGUGACAGAAAAGAAUGAGCCAACUUGUCUAUGCAUUGAGAAAUGUAAACCACACAAGAGGCCAGUUUGUGGCAGCAAUGGCAAGACAUACCUGAACCACUGUGAGUUGCAUCGUGAUGCUUGUCUCACUGGCUCCAAGAUCCAGGUGGACUAUGAUGGUCAUUGCAAAGAGAAGAAAUUCAAGAAUUCAGCUGCAAGUCCAAUUGUCUGCUAUCAGCGCAACCGAGAUGAGCUCCGUGGUCGUGUCAUACAGUGGCUUGAAGCUGAGAUCAUUCCUGAUGGUUGGUUUUCCAAAGGCAGCAACUACACAGAGAUCCUAGACAAGUACUUCAAGAAUUUUGAUGAUGGGGAUUCUCGCCUGGACUCGAGCGAGUUCCUAAGGUUUGUGGAACAAAAUGAAACAGCUGUCAACAUCACUGCCUAUGUGAAUCAAGAGACCAACAAGCUGCUCAGGGGACUCUGUGUGGAUGCCCUGAUUGAACUUUCUGAUGAAAAUGCGGACUGGAAGCUUAGCUUCAAUGAAUUCUUGAACUGCCUCAAUCCAGCCUUCAACCCACCAGAAAAAAAAUGUGCUCUGGAAGAUGAAACAUACGAAGAUGGAGCAGAGACCCAGGUGCAGUGCAACCGCUGUGUUUGCGCCUGUGGGAACUGGGUGUGUACUGCCAUGACUUGUGAGGGUAAGAAUGAGGAAGUGCCUUCUCAGGGACAGCAGCCUGAAGAUAACCUGACUGAAGAAGAGCUGGCCAGAUAUGUUCAAGAGCUGCAAAAGCAUCAGGAAACAUCUGAGAAGAUCAAGAAAAUAGCCACCAAAGAGAUAUAAAAAGAACUUACAAGUGAAGAAGUUCAAAAGACAGGGGGUGUUGCCUGACAUACCCACCAGUCUUCCUUCAGUGCUGAUUUCAAUAUGCAAAUGUGUUUAGGACUUACUGCUCAGUCACAGAUAUUUACAUUGUAUAGCGAUGGGAGGGGGACAAAGAAAAGAUGGUUUGUUUGUUUUAUUCAUUUCAAAGGAACCCCCCCUGAAUUAUGGUUUCUAUAGUGAGGAUAAAGAGCUGCACUGAUGGGGAUUAGUGAAAGUAGCAAACCAUUUCAAGUCUGGUACUUUGGGCACUUGGGGGAAGCAUCAUGGCUACCCAUAAUCAUGACCGCUGCAGGACUUUGUGCAGAUGGGGAAGUUCUUCCAAAUGAAUAGUUUGCCUCUAGAGAAUGUCCCCAAGAGCUUGAAAGGAAAUUUCUCGUACGACUAUAACCUACCUUGAUACUUGCCCAUUCUGUUUUCACAAACACCCUUCCUCCUAUCCCCCUUUUGCUCUACCCCGUUUCAAUUAGCAUCUUAGCUCCAAUAAAUGAUCUGGUCCUUUCAGCUGAUUGACUGAGCAUGUGGAUGGGAGUUCCUAAUAAAUAGAGGCUUCUCCCUGCAAGAAGCCAAAAUAGCCUCAGUGCAUUGUGCAUUCCAAAUUGACCACAUUUUCUUUCCCUCUCUCUUUGCAAAGGUGCUACAGUAUAUUUUCGUAUCACAUUCUUAACACUGUCUUUUUUAAUUAAUGACUUUUAACUGAGCUUUUUAUAUCUUUGAUUUAUAGAUAUUGUUUAUAGUUACUGAAAAAUGCUGUACUUCUGGGUUCAUGCUUUGUAUUAUAGCUGCAUGUAUCAAAGAAGUAAAAUCAAUGCAGCACCUAGGAGACCCAGAGCAUUAGGGGCUAUUCUGGAUUUGAUAAUUCAGCAUCCCUUAUAUGAUAAAGAGCCAUGGUUUAUGCAUGAUAGAGCAGAAUAGAGUUUUCAGAGGAGACAGGAUAUUUCCUUCAGGGGAGGGAUUUCUGACUUCAGUUUUCCAGGAAUUGAGAGUCAGUCUUGUAAGUUAAAUGGGAAGAAACAGAAAUGUUUAACACAUAGUAAGUUCUUCCAAUGCUGUUGAGAGGAUAGAUUAACUUGACUCUCAUCACUAUUCUGGGAGCAGUUCUUGAUACUGCUGCUAUCAGGAUGUGUAAAUUCCUGUUGCUUCCAAUUGUGGCACUGCUGCUGUAAACUCCAAAGAAGAACUUGCACAGUUGGGAUUUGCAGGCAAGAUGUUGAUCCAAAGUUUUUUCCAUACAGUGAAAGGAUAGAACCCUAACCCCCAUGUAAGGGAAGGAAAAUGUGCAAGCCCAUAAAUACAUUGCAUUUCUUAGUGUGAGACCAAAGUCUGUCUCAUGCUUCUUAGGAACUUUGGCAAUAAAAUCAAAGAGAACUCCUCUGUGGAUAUAAUAAACAUCAAAGACAUUGUUGUUUUCUUACACGUGCUUGAGGGAAAACUGGGUUCUAGGUGGAACACUCUGUAUAGGAAAAUGUAAAUCAUUCUGAACAGCCUCAUUCUUGGAGAGAGUCAUGCUGGGCUCAAAAGGGAAACGCCACCAAGUCCAGUGGGACUCACUUGCAAAGAAGUGAUGAUAGGUUUGCAGAGUUAAAUACUUUUUGGCUCCUUUGUUGCCAAAAAUAAUCUUAGGGACUGGGUAAAUAAAAUUUGUUCUCCAAAAG